AUGAACUUCACCGAGGGCUGCGAGGCGACGGGACGGCAGCCGGGGAGCGCCGGGAGCAGCCGCCGGAGAGCGCCCCGUCCCGGCCCCGCCGCGCUGCUGCUGCUGCUGCUGUCGCUGCUACUGCCGCCCGCCGCCGCCGCCCCGCUGCCCGCCGCCGCCGACUCGUCCGGGGAGGCCGGGCUGGAGGAGGAGGCGGGGGCGCGACGGGCGCUGCCCGACUGCGAGUCGCUGGCCUGGCUGCUGCACAGCCGCGCCGCCCGGCUGCAGGACGAGAUGUGCGAGAAGUUCUCCGUCUGCGAGAACAGCAUGGAGAUGCUCGUCCGGAACAACCUCAACCUGCCCAAGGUGACGGAGGAGGACGGCUGCCUGCUCGCCGGCUUCGACGAGGAGAAAUGCCUGAGGAAGCUCUCUAGCGGCCUGUUCGCCUUCCAGACCUACCUGCAAUUCAUUCAAGAAACUUUUGCUAGCGAAAAGCAGAAUGUCGAAUCGCUGUGCUACGGCACAAAGCACCUGGCGGCCACGAUCCGGCAGAUGGUGAUAAAUCCCGACAAAGUGAUCAUCCCAGACUCAGCCACCCAGAAAUCCCUCCUCGCCAAGCUGAAGUCGGAUAAGGCCUGGAUAGAGAAAAUCACCACACACCUCAUCCUCCGAGACUUUACUUCGUUUAUGGAGAAGACCGUGAGGGCCGUUCGCUAUUUGAAAAACACCAGGAGUUUCAGUGCCUGAAUGUUUUAGUUCGGGCACAGUCCUCUGUUACCGAUCUGUCACGUGGCAGAUGGCAGUGUUGUUCCGUUUCAGGAACCAGAUAGUAACAAUGGUUUGCAUUUAUAGACAUUCUCAUUUCCUUCUAGGAACCUAUUUAUUGUAUUUAAAAUAUUUAUU